GAUGAGUCACUUCCAAUAGCAGGGCAUAGGGGAAGGGAAUCCAGCAAAGAGACAUAGAAACUGUGUCCAAGUCAUUUCUGGGACCAGGGAUGGAAACGGAUUCUUCUGUGGAGAGACUUGCCUUGGCAGCUUCUCUCCAAGAUAAAAUGGCAAACCCCAAAGAGAAAACUCCAAUGUGUCUGGUAAAUGAGUUAGCCCGUUUCAAUAGAGUCCAACCCCAGUAUAAACUUCUGAAAGAAAGAGGGCCUGCUCAUUCGAAGAUGUUCUCAGUGCAACUGAGUCUUGGUGAGCAGACAUGGGAAUCCGAAGGGAGCAGUAUAAAGAAGGCCCAACAAGCUGUUGCUAAUAAAGCUUUGACUGAAUCUACACUUCCCAAACCAGUUCAGAAACCACCCAAAAGUAAUGUUAAUAAUAACCCAGGUAGUAUAACUCCAACUGUGGAACUGAAUGGGCUUGCUAUGAAAAGGGGAGAGCCUGCCAUCUACAGGCCAUUAGAUCCAAAGCCUUUCCCAAAUUAUAGAGCUAAUUACAACUUUCGGGGCAUGUACAAUCAGAGGUAUCAUUGCCCAAUGCCCAAGAUCUUUUAUGUUCAGCUGACUGUAGGAAAUAAUGAAUUUUUUGGGGAAGGAAAGACUCGACAAGCUGCUAGACACAAUGCUGCAAUGAAAGCCCUUCAAGCACUGCAGAAUGAACCUAUUCCAGAAAAAUCACCUCAGAAUGGCGAAUCAGGAAAAGAAAUGGAUGAUGACAAAGAUGCGAAUAAAUCUGAGAUCAGCUUAGUGUUUGAAAUUGCUCUGAAGCGAAAUAUGCCCGUCAGUUUUGAGGUUAUUAAAGAAAGUGGACCCCCACAUAUGAAAAGCUUUGUUACUCGGGUGUCAGUGGGAGAGUUCUCUGCAGAAGGAGAGGGAAAUAGCAAAAAACUCUCCAAGAAGCGCGCUGCCACCACCGUCUUACAGGAGCUUAAGAAACUUCCACCUCUUCCUGUGGUUGAAAAACCAAAAUUAUUUUUUAAAAAACGCCCUAAAACAAUAGUAAAGGCUGGACCAGAGUAUGGUCAAGGAAUGAACCCCAUUAGCCGUCUGGCUCAAAUUCAACAGGCCAAAAAGGAAAAGGAGCCAGAUUAUGUUCUGCUUUCAGAAAGAGGAAUGCCUCGACGUCGGGAAUUUGUGAUGCAGGUAAAAGUAGGCAAUGAAGUUGCUACUGGAACAGGACCUAACAAAAAGAUAGCCAAAAAAAAUGCUGCAGAAGCAAUGCUGUUACAGCUUGGUUAUAAAGCAUCCACUAGUCUUCAAGACCAACUUGACAAGACAGGGGAAAACAAAGGAUGGAGUGGUCCAAAGGCUGGGUUUCCUGAACCAACAAAUAACACUCCAAAAGGAAUUCUUCAUUUGUCUCCUGAUGUUUAUCAAGAGAUGGAAGCCAGCCGCCACAAAGUAAUCUCUGGCACUACUCUAGGCUAUUUGUCACCCAAAGAUAUGAACCAACCCUCAAGCUCUUUCUUCAGUAUAUCUCCCACAUCGAAUAGUUCAGCUACAAUUGCCAGGGAACUCCUAAUGAAUGGAACAUCUCCUACAGCUGAAGCCAUAGGUUUAAAAGGAAGUUCUCCUACUCCCCCUUGUUCUCCAGUACAACCUUCAAAACAACUGGAAUAUUUAGCAAGGAUUCAAGGCUUUCAGGUUCACUACUGUGAUAGACAAAGUGGCAAAGAGUGUGUGACCUGUCUGACAUUAGCCCCUGUGCAGAUGACUUUCCAUGCUAUUGGAAGCUCCAUUGAAGCCAGCCAUGACCAGGCAGCUUUAAGUGCCUUGAAACAAUUUUCUGAGCAAGGACUGGAUCCAAUGGAAGGGGCAAUGAAUAUUGAAAAAGGUUCUCUUGAAAAACAAGCCCAGCAUCUGGGAGAGAAAGCGGACAAUAACCAGACACACCCGGGCUCCAUCGCUCAGGACUGCAAGAAAUCAAAGUCGGUCAUCUAGCAGCUCCCACAGCCACGGCUGCCAUCGCAUCCUUAUAAACCUGUCAGCACGCAUGAGGGUGUCUGUGUUCAAGGAAAUGAAUGACUAAUACCAUUAUUUGAGUCUCAUGUGAAGACAACACUAUUCUAACACGAGAGAUA